UGGAGCCCGGGCGCCGCCGCCACCGCCGCUGCCCCAAACCCUGAGCUCUCGGUCGCCCCGGCCGGGAAGGCGGCCACUCCGCACCGGGCGCACGCCGAGGCCGGGGCUCCAGGACCGAGCAAGUGCGGCUCUCCCGGGUCCCUUGACUGGUGGCGGCAGGAGCGUCUCUGUCUCUGUCUCUCUCUCUGUGUUGGGGGGGAAACCAUGGCUUUGAAGGGCACGGGCAGCGGCGGCGCAACCAUCCUGCCCAUUAGCGAGAUGGUGUCGUCGUCCAGCUCGCUCGGCGCGUCGGCUGCCGCCGCCCCCGGCCCCUGCGCGCUCUCCCCGUUCCCCGAGGUGGUGGAGCUGAACGUGGGCGGCCAGGUCUAUGUGACCAAGCACUCGACGCUGCUCAGCGUCCCGGAGAGCACUCUGGCCAUUAUGUUCUCGCCUUCCAGCCCCCGGGGCGGCGCCCGACGCCGGGGCGAGCUGCCCAGGGACAGCCGGGCGCGCUUCUUCAUCGACCGCGACGGCUUCCUCUUCAGGUACGUGCUGGAUUACCUGCGGGACAAACAGCUGGCCCUGCCCGAGCACUUCCCAGAGAAGGAGCGGCUCCUGCGCGAGGCCGAGUACUUCCAGCUCACCGACUUGGUCAAGCUGCUGUCGCCCAAGGUCACCAAGCAGAACUCGUUGAAUGACGAAGGCUGCCAGAGCGACCUGGAGGACAACCUCUCCCAGGGCAGCAGCGACGCGCUGUUGUUGCGCGGGGCGGCGGCCGCCGCACCUUCGGGCCCUGGAGGGCUCAGCGGCGGCGGCGGCGGCGGCGGCGGCGGCGGCGGGGGCGGCGGCAGCGGCAGCGCGCCGGACAAGCGCUCCGGCUUCCUGACGCUCGGCUACCGCGGCUCCUACACCGCCGUGCGCGACAACCAGGCGGACGCCAAGUUCCGGCGAGUGGCGCGCAUCAUGGUGUGCGGGCGCAUAGCGCUGGCCAAGGAGGUCUUCGGGGACACGCUCAAUGAAAGCCGCGACCCCGACCGGCCUCCGGAGAAAUACACCUCCCGCUUCUACCUCAAGUUCACCUACUUGGAGCAGGCGUUCGAUCGCCUAUCCGAGACCGGCUUCCACAUGGUGGCGUGUAACUCAUCGGGCACCGCGGCUUUCGUCAACCAGUACCGCGACGACAAGAUCUGGAGUAGCUACACCGAGUACAUCUUCUUCCGACCACCUCAGAAAAUAGUGUCACCUAAACAAGAGCAUGAAGAUAGAAAACAUGACAAAAUAACAGAUAAAGGAAGCGAAAGUGGGACUUCUUGCAAUGAGCUUUCCACUUCUAGUUGUGACAGUCACUCAGAGGCAAGCACACCCCAAGAAAACCCACCCAAUGCCCAGCAGGCAACAAAUCAUCAACCUAACACCUUAACACUGGAUCGCCCUUCCAAAAAAGCCCCUGUGCAAUGGAUGCCCCCACCGGACAAACGCAGAAACAGUGAACUCUUUCAGACCCUCAUCAGCAAGUCCCGUGAAACAAAUCUUUCCAAAAAGAAAGUCUGUGAGAAGCUAAGUGUGGAAGAAGAAAUGAAGAAAUGUAUUCAAGAUUUUAAAAAAAUCCACAUUCCUGAUUAUUUUCCAGAGCGCAAACGGCAGUGGCAAUCUGAACUGUUACAGAAGUAUGGGUUAUAGUAAUUAUCACAUCCCUGCAGUAUUGCAAUGACAGUAAAUGUUUCCUACAGUGUUACCACCUGGAUGUGUCCCAAUAAUGGUCAGUGUAAUUAUUGCUGCUCUUCAUUUUUGUGAACAGUGUAUGUGGAACAGUAGUUUCUUUCCUUAUUUUUGUUGUGGUUUUUAAAAGAAAACGUUGACUCAAAAUGAUGUAUCUGAUUCAUACUAUUUUGCAAGAAUGAAAGUAAAAUGUGCAUGGUCAAGAACCUUAGAAUCUUGAUUUUUGAACUGUGGUCAACUGGAUAUGUCUGUCAUUUUGUAACUCACCACAAUUAAGUCAUUGUAUCACUUCAACUGAAAUGACAACAUUUAUAAAGCAACAUCAAGUUAAAUUUUAGAUGAUGGUGUUAGGACCCAAAUUCAAAACUGUUUAAAUGUUAAUGCAAUAAAAACAAGCAUUAUUUUUGCAUGAGUUCAAUGUUACAAAUAAAUCAUAAGACAUGAGAAAGAUCUGUCUGCUGCUUGGAAAAGAAAAAAAACAGUCAAACGUGUUUCAGACAAAACCUAUAACUAUAAGCUGUCUAGGAAAUUGAAUUUUCUUUGUUCUCGAUCUGUGAUUUUGUGUGUGUGUGUGUGUGUAUGUAUAGGUAUUCUGAUGUUAAGAUGAUGUAAAUAUGCCUUAUACUAUUGUGUUAUGGCACUGACAUUCAUCUAUAAUUGCUAGUCAUGAUUAUUUCUGUGAAAUGAGUCCUUACAUCAGGCUGUGAAAUUUGGUAUAACAGUGCUCUGAAAGAUGCUAUUAUCAUGUUAAUCAACAUAACGAGGGAAAUGGUAAAGAGCUUUGUGUAUUUAUUAAAAAAGGAAAAGACAUUAGAAUUCCUUGA